AUGGCAUCGCCGAGAGCAAAUUCCCCCUCAUUAGGAGAGAAGGAUCGCUGUCAUCAUCGGAGCCACCAUGAAAGUUCUCAUUCCCACCGACACCGACAUCGCGAUCGUGAUCGCGACCGCUCACGCUCCCCCCAUCGUUCAGACAGACACAGACCUGAUCGCCCACACCGUCGACACCACCGAGACCGAGACCAUCAUGACCGAAAGAAAGAAGAAACUUCCGCCCAACCUGUGGUGCUACCUCUGAAUGCCAGGCAGCUCUCCCGGCGGGACUUGGAGGUGUUCGAGCCCAUGUUUGCAAUGUAUCUCGACAUCCAGAAAGGAAUUUUCAUUGAGGACUUAUCAGAAGACGAGGUGAAAGGCAGAUGGAAGAGCUUUAUUCAUAAAUGGAACCGCGCGGAGUUGGCUGAGGGAUGGUACGACCCAGCCACGCUGGAAAGGGCCCGCCAAAGUGUAGCAGAACGGCCGCCAGCUGUGAGUGGCAAGAGAGACUCGCCCGAAUAUGCACAAGAUGAACAAGACACAAAGGAUACUAGUCAGGCGCAAGAGCCAGCAGACGAUGAUGAUGACGAAGAUGACGACGAUUAUGGGCCAACUCUUCCCAACCCGAAUUCAACGAGACAAGUGACACAUUCCGGGCCCACAAUACCAAAAAUGCAAGAUCUUGAAAUGAAAAGAGAGUCCGCACUUGAAGACGCGAGAGCCGGGCGCGAGGAAUUCCGACAACAGCAUCGCAGCGAAAAACGAUCUCAUAAGGCUGCAAUGAAAAACUUAGAAGAGGAAAUUGCGCCUCGCGCGGAACCCGGUACUCGAGAGAGACAGCUUGAGAAGCGCCGAGAGGCUGCAGCAUCCAACCGCGCAUUUGCAGAUGCUCGUGGAGGUUCACCGGAAGCCGCACCGGAGGCGGACUUGAUGGGCUCCGGUGACAACGACCUUGCCUCUUUGAAGAAAGAGAAAGAGCAGCAGCAACGCAAGAAGAAUGAGAGAGAGCUUCGAAGGGAGGAGAUCCUUCGGGCUCGGACAGCGGAGCGUGAGGAGCGCGUUCAACAAUAUCGUGAAAAGGAGGAGGAAACAAUCGGCUGGCUGAAGACCUUAGCCAAGCAGCGGUUUGGUUAA